AUGAGAGAAGUGGGCAUGAGUGGGAGGAUAGAGGGCAUGAGUGGGAGGAUAGAGGGCAUGAGUGGGAGGAUAGAGGGCAUGAGUGGGAGGAUAGAGGGCAUGAGUGGGAGGAUAGAGGGCAUGAGUGGGAGGAUAGAGGGCAUGAGUGGGAGGAUAGAGGGCAUGAGUGGGAGGAUAGAGGGCAUGAGUGGGAGGAUAGAUGGCAUGAGUGGGAGGAUAGAGGGCAUGAGUGGGAGGAUAGAGGGCAUGAGUGGGAGGAUAGAGGGCAUGAGUGGGAGGAUAGAGGGCAUGAGUGGGAGGAUAGAGGGCAUGAGUGGGAGGAUAGAGGGUAUGAGUGGGAGGAUAGAGGGCACAGAUUGGAAGAAUUAA